AUGGGUCGGAGUGGCCGGACGUUGGUGAGUUUUGUCGAUUGGUCUUCAGUUUCAGGCAUUCUCUAUUCCGGCGGAUUGAGUACAGCCGUUCUCGUUCGUCUAUAUCCUUGGUCGGGAUUGGCGGCUACCGUCCCCGAGGUUAACGGCGGAAGAGGGUGGCGACGGUUGAGACGUUGGAUGAGGUAUCUGACGGCUGGCGAUGGAUCGAUGGCCGAGCUUUACCGGCGGGAGUGCAAGUGUGCGGCGGUGUGUUCUAUGACCUUCUUGCAAGACUCUCUACAAGAGGUUGCACUUAAUCUACGUUCAGCGUCGGCACUUGGGCAUGUGGUUACCGCACUAACCAAACAUUUUAGAAUUCCUACUCAAGCCGUCCGUAUCGAUCCGGCGUGCUCGUUGGAGGGCACUCUAAUGCAGUGCAUUAAUGAGCAUGAGCUCCAGCAGUCUGACCUCAUAAAGAAUCGAACCACCGCUCAGGUGUACACGAAGCGGAAGGCCUACAAGGCCUAUUUCAAGAAACUCAAGGAGAGUGCGGCGGCUAACACUGAUCAGGCAGGAUCAUCUCGACAAUCGUCGAACGAAGACAAACGGCCAUCUUCUUCCACCACCACCUAA